AUGUCGGAGCCGCAAACCCAAGCCAAAAUGCGUAGGUCGCAUCGGAAGACGCGCACCGGCUGCUCCCAGUGCAAACAACGCCGCGUCAAGUGUGAUGAGCGGAAACCUUCGUGCUCCAACUGCACCAAGCGCUCCACCCAAUGCAGCCUCCAGUUCAACGUUCCCCAGCUGCCCUACUCUUACGCCAACCAACCCUUGAAGCCAGCGACGGCGACCGAAGCUAACGGCAGCCUCUCCACCUCCCAUUCCCCCUCCUCGGCAGCCACGUCUCCCUUCCAACACCAUGAAUCCCCGCAAACGCCGUCGCCGGCCCCAACCUUGUUUACCCUAGAGGACAUGCAACUGCUGCAUCACUUCAUCGUAUGCACCGCCGAGACCUUCACCGAGCACCUCGAGCACCACGACAUGUGGCGCAAAGCGGCGCCGUCAAUCGCCUUCGAGCACCCGCCUCUAAUGCACAGCCUGCUGGCCCUCUCGGCCAUCCACCGCGCGCACAUGGAGCCCUCGAAGCGCCAGCGCCAGCAAUACGUGAUGGUGGCGACGUCGCACCAAAACAUGGCCGUGGCCGCCUACCGCCCCACGCUGCUGGACAUCACGCGCGAAAACUGCCACAGCAUCUUCCUCUUCUCGGCCCUGCUCGUCUACUGGGCCCUCGCCAGCCAGCACGACCUCCAAGGCUCCGCCCCCCUCGAGCACGCCACGGCGCGCAUCAACUUCAGCGACGACGACCCCUCGGAGUGGAUCCGCUUGAUGCGGGGGUGCCCCUCCAUCCUCUUCACCAACGCCGGCCAGGUCUUCGAAUGGGUCGCCAACGGCCCGCUGCACCCGUUCUUCCACCCGCGCCUCGACGUCUCCGAGGACCUGCCCUUACCCCCCGAACUCGCGCCUAGAUUCCAGGCCUUGCGCGCCGCGCUCGUCGACCCGGGCCCCGCCGCCUCCGUCGCCACCACUGGCUCCGGCGCACCGGACCCGGACGCCGCCACCUGCGAGCGCGCCGCCUACGCCCACGCGCUGCACGAGCUGCAGCGCUACAGCGUGUUCCUGUGGCAGCAGACGCAGGCGUCGGCGCAGCCGCGCAUCGUGCUCGAGCGGCUCGACCAGAUCCGCAUGUCGUGGCCGGCAUCGGUCGACGACGAGUACGCCGAGUAUCUGCGCGCCAAGCGGCCGGGGGCGCUGGUGCUGCUGGCGCAGUACGCUGUGCUGGUCAAGCCGCUGAACAAGUUCUGGUGGGUGAGGGGCCUCGAUCGGGCGCUUGUGAGUGUGGUGUGGAGGCUGCUGCCGCUGGAGUGGAGGGGGUGGGUCGAGGAGCCCGCAAGGAUGGUGGGCGCUUGGCGGGAUGGGGGGGUUGUGGUUUAA